UGUGAAGUGAACAGAGCGCGCAAUUACAACGCUUUAACCGUAACAAUAAAGAAAUAUUAAGUCGUAAUAAUAAAUAAUAAAUCGUAAACAAACAUCAGACAAAAUGAUCUCGCGGUUUGGUAUCUUCCUGUUAGCUGUGGCUUUCGCACAAGGUAAAAGCUUGUCAAGUUGCGUGUGCACCAGGGAACUGAGGCCAGUAUGCGGUACCGACGGGCAAACCUACUCCAACCCGUGCAUGUUGGGAUGCGCUAAUUCCCUCGCUAAGAGCGAGAUAGAAAUCGCCAGCAAAGGCCCGUGCGAGAAAGAGAACCAAUCUGUCUGCAUCUGCACGAUGGAAUACAACCCAGUGUGCGGUUUAGACGGCAAUACUUACUCGAAUCCUUGCGAAGCUCGCUGUAACAAGAUUGAGAUCGCCGCGUACGGCGAAUGUUCCGACAAAGUGAAAGUAGUCGAGAUACCUUCUUGCACGUGCACAAAGGAAAAGAAGCCGGUUUGCGGCACAGAUGGCGCCACAUACAGCAACGAUUGCGAGCUCAAUUGCUCCACUCAGUUCAACUCGAGGCUUGGCAUCGCACACCAGGGACCUUGCCAACAUUUAGAACCAGAACCAAGAAAAGAAAAUACUGAAGCAUCUUGCGCUUGCACCAGAGAUCUGACACCCGUUUGCUCCACUGAUGGGGUUACGUAUAACAAUGAGUGCCUCCUGAGAUGCGCGGGCAAGGAGAAGUUUAAGCAAGCCGCAUGCGAGGAGGUCACCGUUGUUGAUAAUUAACUGUGACGUCACUACUCACUCGUUAAGCAUAUUGCAACCUUACAACUUUGAACCUUCAAAGACGGGAAGUAACGUUUGUAUUGGUUCAUACACUAAGCCGACGCUUUACCUUUUCAAAUUUAUGUCUACGUCAUGAGGAAGUAGGGAGGAUUUUAUUGUUUUUUUUUCUGUUAUAAUAAAUAAGUAAUUUAUUG